AUGACCAUCUCCCGUCAACAUCAAAACCCCUCUCCGUCCUCUGCAUCCUCCUCUCCUUCUACCUCUCCCACCAACACGACCUCCUCCGCAUCCUCCGCUGGCACUGCUCGUGACCGUCUCACCUCCCUCUCGUCGCACAUCAUGGGUUCCAACGGCACCGCUUCCGUCUUCACCCCGGCCGCCGUCUCCGCGGCCCCCGAGGAUCCCCUCUUCGGCCUCAUGAAGGCUUAUCGGGAGGACCCCUCCGACCAAAAGGUCGACCUGGGCAUUGGCGCCUAUCGUGAUAACAACGCAAAGCCCUGGGUCCUUCCCGUCGUCAAAAAGGCCGACCACGCCAUUCACAAUGACCCCACCUUGAAUCACGAGUAUCUCUCCAUCAGUGGUCUCGCCGAGUUCACCUCGGCCGCACAGAAGCUCAUUGUGGGCGCAGACAGUCCCGCGAUUCGCGAGAAACGGAUCUGUACCCUGCAGACCAUUUCCGGCACCGGUGCCGUCCACUUGGGUGGCCUCUUUCUCGCCAAAUUCCACCCGGCGCAGCCCAAGCCCACCAUCUACCUCUCCAACCCAACCUGGGCCAAUCACAACCAAAUCUUCACCAAUGUCGGUCUUCCCAUCGCGACGUAUCCAUACUUCUCCGCCAAGACCAAGGGCCUUGACUUUGAUGGCAUGAUCGGUGCGCUGCAGGCAGCGCCCGCCGGUUCCAUCAUCCUGCUCCACGCCUGUGCACACAACCCCACCGGGGUGGAUCCCACGCAGGAGCAGUGGAAGCAGAUCGCUGCGGUGAUGCGUGAGCGUCACCAGUUCCCCUUCUUCGAUACUGCCUACCAGGGCUUCGCCUCGGGUGACCUGACCCGUGAUGCCUGGGCUAUUCGCUACUUUGUCGAGCAGGGCUUUGAGCUCUGCGUCGCGCAGUCCUUUGCCAAGAACUUUGGUCUGUACGGUGAGCGCACGGGUGCCUUCCAUUUUGUCUCUGCACCGGGUGCAGAUGCCUCUACGGCGAUUCAAAACAUCGCCAGUCAGUUGGCCAUCCUGCAGCGGUCAGAGAUCUCGAACCCUCCUGCGUAUGGCGCCCGAAUCGCCAGCAAGGUCCUCAAUGAUCCUCAGCUCUUUGCCGAGUGGGAGGAUGAUCUUCGCACGAUGAGUGGACGAAUCGUCGAAAUGCGCCAGGGUCUGCGGGAGCGCUUGGAGAAACGUGGUACUCCCGGUAACUGGGAGCAUAUCACUUCUCAGAUUGGCAUGUUCAGCUUCACCGGGCUGAACGAGAACCAGGUCAAGAUCCUGCGGGACAAGUGGCAUGUCUAUAUGACCAAGAAUGGCCGUAUCUCGAUGGCGGGUCUCAACACGAAUAACUUGGACUAUUUUGCCGAGGCUGUGGACAGCGUCGUUCGUGAGACCUCAUGA